CAAAAAUUCGACAUUUUAAAUUUUAGUGAACAAUCGAAGACAUGAACCUAAUGACCAAAACUCUACAUUUUAAAUUUCAGUGAUCAAUAAAAAAUAUGGACAUAAGUUCAGUGACCAUUGAAACAAUUAACUCAUGUAACGAACAUGUGAUGCAGCCUCGAAAUCGAAGGGAAGGGUCUAACUUUCUGGUUGGGUACUGUAAGAUUUAAUCAAAUUAUCUGAUUAAGUUCUUAGAUAAUCCACAAGAAAUUCAAAGCCUGAUUAUUGAAUGUAUAAUUUCUGAAGUAACAGAAACAAGUAAAGCCACGAACGAAUUUCCUCAGCAUCUGAGUCUUUGUCGUGAUUUCUCAACCACAGAAGUGCAACUUGCAGCACUUGAACUUGGCAAACUCUGAAGAUUAACUUGGACCGCCGACUUGUCCAGCUGUGGCUGUGCUAUGUUAGCGCCACCAGGUUGCACGGUGGCGAAACCUGCAGAUAUAGGCCUUGCAGAUGCAGAAAUAGUCACCAAUGGCGGCCCAUUUUGUACUGCCUGUGGAAUGAUAAGAAAAGUUGGUGAUGCGUUUGCAUUUGGUGGUGCCGCUGGUAUAGCCCACAUAGUAAUCAGCGGCACCAGUGCGCGCGCCGGAGUUGGUACAGUUGACAUUAAUGGAGCUGACAUUGAAGAAUUUGUUGAAAUAAUUGCGGGAUUUGUAGUUGUGAGAUUCAUAUUAGAGUUAGAAAUUUUGUUGCUGACAGUGUUUAUUUCCACAAAUUCGCUAUUAUCGGGGCGUUUGCGUUUGCGGUUUGUCUGGCCGCCGCCGUCCGUGGCGGUGGAGCCGGUGGUGGGGAUUUUUAAGAUACCGUUGACUGACAUGGCAAUGGCUGGGACAGUGCCGGUACCGGUGGCGGCGAUGAUGGAGGGCUCGGCUUGUUCUAAGAGCCACCUAAUGGUUUCGCCGUCGGACUUGUGCCCGAGCUCUCGGGUUAGCUGGAAGACUCUGGCGGCGCACGUGGGCGGCAUUCGGAUUCUCCGCCCUCGGCCCUCAACUUUGGUGUGACGGUCCUUAGUCGAUGAUCUCCUCGGCGGCGGCGACACAGCCGGCGGCGGGGGUUGUGUAGUUUGUAAAGAAGGUGCAAGUCCUUUAGGUGGAAAAAUUGAUUUCUCCUCUGUGUCAGGAUCUUCUUCCUUGAGAGUUAUUAAUGGGAUUGAAGUUGGUGUCGCCAUGCAAAGGGAUUGAACCACCGUGCACGGCGGCGCUGGCGGGCGGCGACUUAUAAUAGAUCUUUAGAGGGGGGCCGGGGCGAAGAGAGCGAGCAACGGUGGCUAGACGAAUGAAUC